GAAACACUCUUUGCAAAAAUUGGGAGGCUCAUUGGGUUUUUCCAAGACACGAAUGUGGAUUUUAAGAAGUGAAGCAAACAGAUAACUACAGAAAGUCAAAAUCAAACGCCCCCUUCAUAAAUAAUCGCCAUUAACAUCUAUGCUAUCUUCACACGCACGCCCCCUUCAUAAAUAAUCGCCAUUAACAUCUAUGCUAUCUUCACACGCACGCCCCCUUCAUAAAUAAUCGCCAUUAACGCACACUGACACACACAGUCACGCAAAUCAAGAAGAACUCAGUAAUAAAUUACACAUGGUUUGUCUAGGCAUGGCGGUGGUGUCAAUGGCGAAACCCUCGUUUCUACGAGCCGAACAACCUUCAGCUUCUGAUAUCUCCGCCGCAACCUCUCGUGGAUCCUCCUCCUCUCGCCGCCGUGACAUCGUGUUCAUCGUCAAUCCUCAAGGUGCUAAUGGUCGGACGGGGAGAGAAUGGAAGAAGCUGCUGCCGUAUCUUAGGUCUCGCCUUGGUAGCGAUUGUAAUAUAUGCGAAUCUUUGACUUCGGGUCCAUCUCAUGCGAUAGAUAUAACAAGGGAGGCAAUACGUGAGGGUGCUGAUGCAGUUGUGGCAGUUGGAGGUGAUGGGACUCUUCACGAGGUUGUUAAUGGAUUCUUUUGGGGUGGAAAACCGGUUACUAAACACGAUUCAAAAGUUCCACGUACAACAUCUCUUGGAUUAAUCCCCUUGGGAACUGGAUCUGAUUUUGCAAGAACAUUUGGCUGGACAAAUGAUCCUGUUGAUGCCAUUGAACGCAUAGUUAAAGGGUCAAGAUCACGAAUUGAUGUAGGAGUAAUCUCUAAAGAAGGUGGAGAUUUGCAUUACUUCAUAAAUGUUGCUGAUAUUCAUUUGAGUGCAAAAGCAGGGUUUCAUGCAUCUAAAUACAAAAGAUUUGGGAGUUUGUGUUAUGUAAUUGGUGCAUUGCAAGCCUUUUUUGGACAUCACAAUCAAGACCUAAAGAUCAAAGUGAAUGAUGGGGAGUGGGAAGUGUAUCCAAAGGUAACAGCUCUAUGCAUUGGAAAUGCACAAUUCUUUGGUGGUGGAAUGAGGAUCACUCCCAAUGCUCAUCCUUCAAAUGGAAAUUUUGAGGUGGUGACACUUCAGGAUUUCAAAUGGUAUGACUUUCUUAUGAAGUUACAUAGGCUAUACAACGGGACACAUUUAUCAGUGAAUAAUGUCUUGUCAAGAAGUGCUUUUUCGAUCGAAGUAGAGGAGGUGGUGGGAACAAACAGUAUUUACGUGCAAUCCGAUGGGGAACAUUUAGGAUUUCUUCCGCGAAACUUUUCGAUUCUGCCAGGUGUCAUAAACAUGAUUUGUUGAGGAUUUACACAAUUGUAUCAUUUUUGCCAUAGGUGAGUUUGAAAAUGUUGGAACCAAAUGUAAACAAUC